UAGUUCGCCAUGGUACCCAGCAGGGAUAAUGUGCUUCCUCGACAUUGAGAACCACAACUCCCAUAACGCUAGGCUGCCAGCACGUGCCCAAGUGGAAAACGGCGGAACUUGCUAGAGGCCGGUUUGAAAAACAUCUGACCGCCAUUAGCUCCAAAAAAUAGGCGUGCGGAGCCGGUAGACUCGAAUUCGACCUUUUUUUCUGUUAUAGAAUGAAACUAGUGGAAGAGGAAGCAAGGCAAGCACUGUUGGAAGGUGGUAGGAGAUGGCUUCUGAGGAUAUCUCUCAGCUGGUGGAUGCCCUUGCAAAGACUCAAGUGGGUGGGGGAGAGCUGAGUUUCAAAGGCCGUGCCCUAAAACUUGACACAGCUGAAGCUGCUGCUGAGAUUAUUGAAGAGAUUGAAAGAUUUGAACACCUGCAGGCAUUACGCCUCGAAGGAAACACAAUCGGUGUAGAAGCUGCUAAAGCUAUUGCCAGGAGUCUAUCUAAUAAAAAGGAAUUGCAGAAAUGUUACUGGAGCGAUAUGUUCACCGGACGACUACGUUCGGAGAUCCCACCUGCUCUGAUAUCUCUGGGUGAUGCACUGAUGAGUGCAGGAGCUCAGCUGACACAACUGGAUCUAAGUGACAAUGCAUUUGGACCAGAUGGAGUUCGGAGCAUUGAAGUCUUAUUGAAGAGUCAAGUCUGUUACACAUUACAGGAGCUACGUCUGAAUAACUGUGGCAUGGGAAUCGGUGGUGGGCAGAUUCUUGCUGCUGCACUUAGUGAAUGCCACCGUCUGUCAAGUGCCCUGGGAAAACCAAUGGCACUGAAAGUUUUUAUUGCUGGGAGGAAUCGUCUGGAGAAUGAAGGUGCCAUUGCACUGGCUGAUGCUUUUAAGUCCAUAGGAACUCUGGAGGAGGUACACAUGACCCAAAAUGGAAUAAACCAUCCAGGUAUUACGGCUUUGGCAAAGGCGUUCACUGAAAACCAGCACCUGAGGGUCAUAAACCUUAAUGAUAACACUUUCACAGAGAAAGGAGCAGUUGCCAUGGCUGAGACGCUGAAGGCACUCCAUAACAUCGAAGUAAUAAAUUUUGGGGAUUGUCUAGUGCGGUCAGAAGGAGCUCUAGCUAUUGCUGAAGCGGUAAAAUCUGGAUUGCAGAAUCUCAAGGAACUUAACCUUUCAUUUGGAGAGAUCCGGAAGAAUGCUGCAAUCACGGUAGCUGAAGCUGUGGAACAUAAAUACUUGCUGGAGAAACUUGAUCUAAACGGUAACUGUCUUGGUGAGGAAGGCUGUGACCAAUUGAAGGAAGUUAUGGACAGCUUCAACAAGCAUGAUGCAUUGGCUUCUCUCAGUGAUGAUGAAAGUGAUGGGGAUGAGGAUGAAGAGGUGGACGAGGAGGAGGAGGAGGAUGAUGAUGACGACGACCUGGAGGAUGAAGAGGAAGAUGAAGAUGAAGAAGCAGAAGAUGAUGGAGGUGGAGAAGAACAGGAGCAAGAGAAGGCAACACCAGUUGAUCAAUUGAUAGUUGACACACAUGUGAAAACCAUCCCAAUUACCCUGACAUCAGAAGCUGCCAAUUUCUUGUCUUUUCCAUCUCCAGACAAACUCCUUAAAAUGGGACCUAAGCGGUCACUUCUGUUACUGCAGCAGACUGAUCUGUCAAACGCGGAAAAGGUUGUCCAAACAUUUCUGAAGGUGGCUGCAGUCUAUAAGGAAGACCAGGAAACCAAAGCAGCAGUAUUUGAGACUGCAGAUGAACUGUUGCAGAAAGCGUUCAAGACUACGGGAUUUCAAUUAGAUGUGUUCAUUACUUCUCUGUUGGUGUAUAUGGGACUUCUGAAGAGUGAAGAGAAGAUUAAAACCGUUGGUAACCUAAUUGGGCCUUUGACAGUUCUCAGACACGUGAUUCAGAAAAGCUACUUUCCACGCUCUGUGAUUCCCAUCCUCCACGCAUUCCUUACUAAACAGAAUCGUGCUUUUGACACCUGCCAAAAUGCCAAAUACACUCUGUUGGAGACGAUGAAGAAUCUUUAAUAUCAUCCCUGUGAUGUGGGAGCUGAUGCAACAAGAGAAGUACACAGGACUGUAGGGAUUAUCCAUGCAUUACCAAGGAACGGCUGUAAAAUUGCCCACUGGGCUGUACAGUGUUGAAUGCUUCACUUUCUUCAUGCUACAGACUGGAUCUUUUGCUUCAGUUCAGCUUGCACCCCAUAGCCUUUUGACAGUUUGCCGUCAGCUCUGGCCAGAUUCUCUUCCGCUGCUUACAAGUGAAAGCAAAAUCGGAACCAGUUUUUAAUGACUGAUUUGAAAAGAUGGAUUUGCAAGCUGUUCAUGACUCGUCUUGUGUUUCCUUAGCCUAUUUUGGUGUUAGGAGAAAAAGUGGAGAAUAGCCAAAUUUCCGUGGCUUUGAACAACCAAGUGACAUGUGCGUUAGCUUAAAUUUUGGCCCUUUAUUCUUUCAUGAGAUGCUUUAUGAAAUUGAGUGGGCACAAUUUACAAUAUUCAGCUUAUUCCUAUUUGAACCAGCUGACCUGGAAAGAGAGACAAAAUCAUAUUUGAAAAUCUACAGGCUGAUACCUCAAUCCCAUUUCUGAAAUAUGUUGAUGGUGUCAUCUUCAUCUGCUAACUUGUGUACAGACUUCAAAGGAAACGUGUUCAUAAAGUUCUUCCAAACUUCUAUAACUGUUCAGCUAAUACAGUUUACAAAUCACUUAAUCAAAUGGAAAGGUCUUGUUGGCUGCUGCAGAAUCAUGCCACCUACCCUUCACCACCCUCCCUGUCCCAACCAAGUGAUUCCUAUCUGGGGAAUUGUUGGUUUUGACCUGUGUAGUCAGCAGUAAUCUCAUCUUUGUGUGCCUGAUCCCCCAUCACCACAACAAUCCCUGAAAAAUUAUAGGGAAAAGAAGUUUGAAACUAUUGCCCCUUAACUGACUAAUUAGUCAAAGGUGUCCUUGUGCCUCAGUGAUACAGGAUCAAAAUGUAGCACCCCAGUCUAUGGGGAGAUAGGUAAGUGUGGGAUGCAGAAAGAUUGUAAAGCUGCUACAUUUAACUGUGGUGUGCCAAGACACAGUGAAGGAAAUCUGUUGGGGAUCCAUUCUUGAUAUCCCAUGUGGAUUCUAAUGGGAUAUGUACAUGAAGGUCCAAUAAGGUCAGCACCAGUGCUAGCUAUCAAACGUUACCAAACUGUGGCUACUUAGGGAAGAUGCAAGAAUCUGCAGGCUAUUGCAGAACCAUAUCCUCCCAAGAAUAGAUGGCUUCUGGUGACCAGGGAAGAAUUGAAUUAUGAUUGGGGCAAGAGAAAAAUUAGAGCACUGAUGGGCUUCUUAUACAAUCAAAUAUAUCCUAACACAUCAUUUUUCACAAGGGUGAUGUUUUAAGAUUUAAAAGAAUGCAGGGAAAAAAAGACUUUGUGAACAUCACACUUUGAUCGUAAGUGAUUUGAAAGCAGCUGCAGGAAAGCUCACUGCUGGUACUCUGUGGACUGAAUCUUAUCCCAGACUUUGAAGAAGCAUUUUAAUAUUGCUUCAUUUAGAUUAUCCAACUUGUAAAACCACUGGACAUCUGAAACCCCCAGUUGAUUUUCUAUUCCAGAUUUCUGUUUGCACGCUUGUAAAAAUUAAGAACCCGUUAUCCAGGGUCGUCAGGAGAACUACUGCCGUUGAACUGUUUUUUUUUAUAUAUAAAUGCCUGGCAGAUGCAAGGUUGCGGUGGUGUUUGGAAAUUUCAACUAAUUCCAAAUAGGAGUCACAGUAGUUUAGGAAGGUCAGGGGCUUUAAGUUGAGUGUUGCCUUAGGAGAGCAGCACUCUCAUAUCUGCAUUAUAUCUCUCACCUCUUCAGUUUGCCCUGAGCAGUAAUGUGAGUGUGCACAUGUGCGCCUUUGGAAACAGAGGCAAUGUAUUCAUCUCUUUACGUUAAAUUUGUGUGGUGUGCGCGUAGGACAAAACGCAUUAUCAGGAUGAUCAGAAUGUUGAACUGUAGUAGAACUGUUGAAAUGAUGGAUGAUGAGCAGGCCUUAUUGUUCUUCUAUCUGUUAGACUAAAGAAGCUCUCGGGGCCAGCUACAUUCAUAGUAUUUAGGUUUGAAUAAGAUGCAAUAUUCAAUUCAAUUUUGUUUUUCCUUGUUCUUCCUGCAUCUGACAGUUUGCACCUUCAAAGGUGAGCAGCCAACUCCCAUGCUAGCACUGAUACUAUUCCUAUACCCCAGAAUAUGAUGACUCUGAAGUAAGGUGCUGCAUUUUCACAGCUGCAGUUAUUCACAGCAGUAAUGAACUGAGGGCUUGCUAGUCUAAACAGAUGGAUGUUCUAGGUCUUGUGGUUCUACUCAUAGAACAACAGAAUUAUUUCAACAAUAUAGCCAACAUUAUAUCCUUAGUUCAUGCCACCCAAAGUAUACCAACUGACCAUUUGUUUUAAUUGAUGUCUAAAGGGUGGGAACUGGAAUGGAAUGGCUGCACUAUGUCACUGCUUCAGAAAACUCUCUGAACUGGUUUGAGAUAUUUUGGUGAUAAAGAUGCUGUGUUAAUCCA